UGAUCAAAAAAGCAAUGCCGAGGAAAACAACUCCAAUCCACUUUUGUAAUCCUGCAUUUUAACACACAAUUCAUGCAUUCAGUCUGAAACUCACAUUUACAGGGAUUCAUGAACGCAUCGCAAGCUACUGACUUCUGCGAGCUGAUAGUUGGAAUGGAUUCAGGUCAUGAAGGGUGGGCUCCUGUGACUGGGGCUGCAGCCAUGCAGCAGGAGCUUCUCUUCAAGAUUCUGGUCAUAGGGGACCUGGGAGUCGGUAAGACGUCCAUCAUAAAGCGGUAUGUCCAUCAGAUCUUCUCCCAGCACUACAGGGCCACCAUCGGGGUGGACUUUGCCCUGAAGGUGCUGCAGUGGGACAGUGACACUGUCGUCCGGCUGCAGCUGUGGGAUAUUGCAGGGCAGGAGCGCUAUGGGAACAUGACUCGAGUCUACUACCGGGAGGCGGUGGGAGCGCUGGUGGUGUUUGACGUGACCAGGGCGUCCACCUUCAACGCCGUACUGAAGUGGAAAGAUGACCUGGACUCCAAGGUAACUCUGAACCAUGGCAGACCAGUUCCAGCAGUCCUCUUAGCCAACAAGUCAGACCAGAUGGCUUCUCAGAUGCCCAAACUGGACUCUUUCUGCAGGGAGAACGGGUUUGUGGGCUGGUUUGAGACCUCUGCAAAGGACAACACAAACAUCGAGGAGGCGGCGCGCUGUUUGGUAGAACACAUCCUUCUCAACGAGGAGAGUCCACUGAUUGAGCACGAGCCUGGCUCCCUCAUCCUGUCCGGAUACUCCACCAGCUCCAAAAAUCACUUAAAGUGCUUGUCAUGUGUGAAAUUGUGAUUCUUGACCUGUCAGAAAGCUAACAACGGUCAACCUGCAGCUGCCCCAGAACCUGGGAAAAAAACAAAAGGAUCAGAUGUGAGUCUAUUUUAGGCCAUUCGUGUCUCUUUUUUUAGAAAAUACCUUUUGAAGUCAUCCAGUGAUGACAUCAUGUUUUUUUUUCUGGGUCUGCUGCUGUUUUGCUUUUGCAAGGCAUUUAAUGUUUUGCAGGAAUUCUGCACUAAAAAGCUGGUCGAAACAGAAAAAAGAAGGAGAAAAUAGAACUAGAAUAAGAAUGGUGUCUGCAGUAGUGCACAGCUGGCUCUGAAUGCUUUUGAGUUUAGCCCAGUUGGUAACAGAACAGGACCCAGUGCUGGUGAGCAACCACAUUAAAACAUUCCUUUUUGCCUGAAACUGCUCUCACACUUUUGUCCCCUCUGCACGCAAAAAAAAUACUGAAAAUAAGUGAUAUAAAAAGCAGGUUUUUGUGUACACCGUACAUUUCGCAUCACACACUCACAAAAG